AAGAGAUCUGCUGCCACAAAAUUCUCUUCCUCGGUUCCACCAUUUUUUAAUUUUCUUUCUGCAAUCUUUACUGUAUUAUAAUGUUCUUUCAUGGCCUUCACGUCCUUCUCUCUACUCUGAAAUCUUUAUUUUACUGCAUAAAAUAAUCAAGUGACACCAUACACCUGUUUUUCUUCCAUUUUACAGCUAAUACUGAGCAAUCUUUUAAUGAGAGUCAACCCACACUAAAUCAACAUAUUUUCGUGUUCCAUCCACCUCAUCCACAAAAGACAUUUUUCCAUUUUCCCACUUUAAAGAUUAAACACGCUAUUAUUGGACAGUUUUUGGAAUUGACAACAUUUUUCAAGCAAGAAUAGUGGUGAGAAAGACUUGGGAAUGAUGGAUCCAUUUAUUCAAACACCCACAGUGCAGAAAUUUAGUGAAAAUUAGUAUACUGAUAAACUGUAGGCAUGGAGUUCAAGAAAGAGAAGCAAGUCAGGUUUCAUAAUGAGGAAAAACAAAGUCUUGAAAUUUUCUGGGAACAGAAUGAGGGCCAACAUCUUGAAAAACAACUGCCUCCGUAUAAAACUUCAGGCCCUUUAAGGAAAUCUGAAGUUGGAUUCGUGGACAAGAGAAGAACAAACAAGAUUCCUAAAUUUGGAAGGUUUAAAGUUUUUCCAGAAGGUCAUGAGCCAGAGAAAAAGACAGUCCUUGAUCCUGGAAGUGAAAUUGUCAUAAAAUGGAACAGAAUUUUCUUGUUUUCUUGCUUGAUAGCACUAUUUGUUGAUCCAUUGUUUUUCUAUCUUCCUUCAGUGGUAAAUGAAGGGAAUUCAUCAUGUAUGCAAACUGAUUUGAAUUUGGGAAUUAUUGUUACCUGUUUAAGGACCGUGGCAGAUAUAUUCUAUCUGCUGCAUGUAGUCAUAAAAUUUAGGACUGCUUAUGUAUCACCUAGUUCAAGGGUGUCUGGCAGAGGUGAACUUGUUAUGGAUCUGAACAAGAUUGCUAGAAGGUACUUGAAAUCGGAAUUCUUCAUCGAUGCAAUUGCAGCACUUCCCCUUCCUCAGAUUGUCAUAUGGUCGAUAUUACCAUCAAUUAGAAGCUCCCAUGCUGAUCAUACAAACAAUGCCUUGGUGUUAAUUGUCCUGAUCCAGUAUAUCCCAAGAUUAUAUCUGAUUUUUCCGUUGAGCUCUCAAAUUAUCAAAGCUACAGGAGUUGUCACAAAAACAGCUUGGGCCGGGGCUGCAUACAAUCUUGUACUCUAUAUGUUAGCAAGCCAUGUAUUGGGAGCUUCCUGGUUCUUAUUGUCAAUCGAGAGACACGCAACUUGCUGGAAAUCAGCUUGCCGGAAUGAAUUCAAUAGUACUGGAUGCUCCCUUAAAUUUUUGGAUUGUGGGACCUUGGGACGUAGGGACAGAAAUAUGUGGGUAAACAGCACUCGUGUUUUUAAUUAUUGUAAUCCAGAGGGUACAUCAAACUUUAAUUAUGGAAUAUUUGGAAAUGCCAUCGGAAACCAAGUCGUCUCAUCUGCAUUUCUCGAGAAGUACUUCUACUGUUUAUGGUGGGGUUUACAGAACUUGAGUUCUUAUGGCCAGUCAUUAACGACCAGCACAUUUAUUGGUGAAACAUUGUUUGCGAUACUCAUUGCCAUCUUGGGGCUUGUUCUGUUCGCCCAUUUAAUUGGAAACAUGCAGACCUACAUGCAAUCUAUAACUGUGAGGCUUGAGGAGUGGAGGCUUAAACGUCGAGACACUGAGGAGUGGAUGAGGCAUCGUCAACUCCCCGGGGAUCUGCAACAACGUGUCAGACGUUUCAUACAAUACAAAUGGCUUACAACAAGAGGUGUUGAUGAAGAAUCUAUUCUUCAAACCUUACCUACAGAUCUGCGUCGUGAUAUCCAACGCCACCUAUGUUUAGACCUUGUUCGGCGUGUACCCUUCUUCUCGCAAAUGGAUGAUCAGCUUCUCGAUGCCAUAUGCGAGCGCCUAGUGUCGUCCUUGAGUACUCAGGGAACAUAUAUUGUUCGGGAGGGUGAUCCCAUAACAGAGAUGCUCUUUAUUAUAAGGGGAACGCUGGACAGCUCAACCACGAAUGGAGGCCGGACGGGAUUCUUCAAUUCGAUAACAUUGAGACCUGGUGAUUUUUGUGGUGAAGAACUGCUUGCAUGGGCAUUGGUACCUAAGUCUACCCUCAACUUGCCUUCUUCAACAAGAACAGUCAGAGCCCUGACUGAAGUGGAAGCAUUUGCACUAAGGGCAGAAGACCUUAAAUUCGUGUCAAAUCAAUUUAGACGCCUUCACAGUAAGAAAUUGCAACACACGUUUCGGUAUUAUUCUCACCACUGGAGGACAUGGGCAGCUUGUUUCGUCCAGGCUGCUUGGCGUCGGCAUAAGAAGAGAAUGUUGGCUAAAGGCCUAAGCAUGAGAGAGUCAUUUUCUUAUUCUUCCAGUGAGCAAUUAUCUGAUGAAAAUGGUCGAGCUGAGGACGAUAAAAAGAGCACAGCAGCGAAUUGUUCUCAGGUGAAACAACACUUUGGAGUCACGAUACUGGCUUCCAGGUUUGCUGCCAACACAAGACGAGGAGCGCAAAAACUCAAGGAUGUUGAAUUACCAAAGUUACAGAAACCUGCAGAGCCAGACUUCUCAGCUGAUCCCGAUGAUGACUAGUUCAAGUUCGGCUUCAAUGGUCUGGGACUAAACUUCCAACGUCUCUCUCACAUGCAUAUGGCAAGGUACUCUAUUUACUCGAUCAGAAAUUGAACAAAAGGGAUAGACAAAGGGACAAUUGGUUAUGGGCCGACCAAAAAUUUAUUAAUAGAGCGCUCACGGAAGUGGCAUAAAAAUGCGCCAGAAAGAGGUUAGUAGACUACAAGUUAUAUACAAGAAUACACGAGAACACCCGAUUGUUGCACUUAGUUGUAUGUUACUAGGAAAGUACAUUGUUUGAAAGAAUGCUUCUGAUCUAUAUAAUGUUGAUUAGUCAUCGUUUUUACAAAGCAUUCCUAGUUGAAAGGAGAACUAUCCCACAAUUGCCAAAUUUAAGGAACACUUUGAUGGCCUAAUUAAUGAACUGCAUUGAGUUGAACUUUCA